AUGGCUCGCUCCCAUGGCAGCGCCCUGAAGCUGGUCGUGCUCGCCGCGGCGUGCGCGCUGGCGGCCCGCGUCUGCCUGCAGCCGGUGUUCGUGCCGCCCGCGCAGGGCCCCGGCGCCGCCGCGGCCGCGGCCGCCGGGCUGGCGCCCGCGGCGGCGGCCCUGCCCGCCCUCGCCGUCGAUGACACCUCGCUCACGACCGCGAUGGCGGUGCUGGAGAACCCAGGCUUGAUCUGGGUGUUCAUCUGCUCGACCGUCACCAUGUCCAUCGCACUGGUGGUGUGGGGCCGCAACGGCUUCUGA